CCAGCGAGAGAGAGUCAGAGAGAGAGAGAGAGAGAGAGGUGAUUUUAUAUACAGGGAGAGAGAUAAAAAUAGAAACUUUUGGGCGCACACACAGACCUCCCAAUCGAAACCCUAAAUUGCAACAAAAGCCCCCAUUUUUUCCGCGUUACUGUCUGAUAAUACAUAUAAUUUCCCCCUAAUUAAUUGCUCCUCUUAUCACCUCAUGCAUCUAUUUUGAGCACUUCAAGGGUUCUUUAAAUAGGUGUUUGUAUUACAAUGCCGUCGUUUAUGCCGGCAUCCAAGGCGAUAGGGCGAAUUUUGUUGCGAAGAAAUGGUGCAAGGCAGGUGGCGAGUUGUAAUAAGGGUACUGGGGAAUUGGGAAGUCGUGUUCGAGCGCGAUGGUUGAGUAGUGUUGGCUGUGUUGAUAGAUAUCCGUUGGUUGGUGAUCCAGUUGGUUCUGUGAGAAAAGAUGAUUGUUUUUCGAUAGGAGGGAGCACGUGUAGUGGUUUUGUUCAAAAGAGGGGAUUUCUUGGGUGUGGUGAUGGGGAGGAGGGAAAUGUAUUGGCCAAAGUUUACGAGGAGAAGCGCAUUUUAGGGUAUUCUCCAGAGCAAUUAUUUUCUGUGGUUGCUGCUGUUGACUUUUACUCAGAUUUUCUUCCUUGGUGUGAGAGAUCAGACAUUGUUAAGCGUUUUCCUGAUGGAUCAUUUGAUGCUGAGCUAGAGAUUGGCUUCAAGUUCCUGGUUGAAAGUUACGUGUCUCACGUUGAAAUGAAAAAACCAACAUAUAUAAAGACUACUUCUUCAGAAAGUCGCCUGUUUCAUCAUUUGAUUAACAUUUGGGAAUUCAACCCGGGUCCAGUCCCAGGAACAUGCAGUCUAUAUUUCUUAGUAGACUUUAAGUUUCAGUCACCAUUCUAUAGACAGAUGGCGACUAUGUUCUUCAAGGAGGUGGCAACUAGACUUGUUGGUUCAUUUAACGACCGUUGUCGUUUAAUUUAUGGACCAGAAGUACCUGUUGCGAAAUAUAGCAGUGAGAAACAAACCACAUGAGACUGGAUUUUAUUAUAUUUUGCUGAUUCCAUGUAAAUUUGAAUCCUACAAGAGUUGACAACAGAUGAAAUUAAUACCUACAUAAAAACAAUUUCGAUUUUUUUAAAAUCAAUUUGAGAUGUAAGCAUGUUCAAGUU